AGUAUCACACCGCGGUGCCUUUAGAGUCCUGCAGGGUGUGACGCGGUCGGUGUCUCCUUCCGCGCGUGAGAAACUUCAACGCGGCACGGAGGAGACCCGUAAAGGAACCGGGACCGACUGCCGUGCACCUCGCCUCCGCCUCCACGCCAUGGCCGCCGCUCGGCCCGCGCUCUUCUUCUCCCUCCUCGUCUUCGCUCUCUCGCCGUGGGAGUCGGCCUCUGAGCCAGUCCUCCCCCAGACUCACCCCCAGGUCACCGGUUGCGUCUCCACCAACAUGGAGACGUUCCGCUGCCGGUGGACCGUCGGCUCGUCCCGUGAACUCUCCGAGCCGGGAGCGCUGCGCCUCUUCUUCAUCAACAAGAAACCCCCCCCUGCCUCCCCCGUGGAGUGGAGCGAGUGUCCUCACUACAGCGGCGAGCGGCCCAACGAGUGCUUCUUCAACGAGAACCACACCUCCGUCUGGACCUCCUACAGCGUGCAGCUGCGCUCCGGAGACCGGGUCUACGACGAGAACCUGUUCUACAUCCACGACAUCGUGCAGCCGGACCCCCCCGUGGCCCUGCAGUGGGCCCUGCUGAACACCAGCCUCACCGGCUCCUUCUACGACAUCCGGCUGAGCUGGAGGCCGCCGCAGUCGGCCGACGUGGAGACGGGCUGGAUGACGCUGACCUACGAGGUGCAGCACCGCGACGUGACCUCCGACCUCUGGGAACAGGCCGACCUGGUGAAGAGCACCCAUCGUUCUAUUUUCGGGCUCCAGGCCGACGUCCACCACGAGGUUCGGGUCCGCUGCAAAAUGUUCGGCGGGAAGGAGUUCGGCGAGUUCAGCGACUCGGUGUUCGUGCACGUUCCCUUUAAAGUGUCCCGAGUCUCCGUGGUGGCGCUGCUCGUCUUCGGCGCGCUCUGCCUGGUGACCGUCCUGAUGCUGGUGGUCGUGUCGCAGCAGGAGAAGUUCAUGGUUCUUCUCUUGCCUCCUGUCCCUGGACCUAAAAUCAGAGGAAUCGACCCAGAGCUCCUGAAGAACGGGAAGCUGAGGGAGUUGGCGUCCAUCCUGGGCGGGCCCCUGGACCUGAGGCCAGAGCUGUACCACAACGACCCCUGGGUGGAGUUCAUCGAUCUGGACCUGGAGGAGCCGAGCGACCCGCUGGCGGAGCUGGACACGGACCGCCUGGUGGAGCGCUGCCCGCCGUCCCCCCCCGACGACGACUCGGGCCGGGCCAGCUGCGACCCGGAUCUGCCCGGCGACCCGGAAGCGUCGUCGCCGUUGGCUUCCCUCCUCCCGAAGGAUCGGACCCGCGGCGAGGCGGCGGCGGGCCGAGAGGCGCUGUACACCCAGGUGAGCGAGGUGAGGUCCUCGGGGAAAGUGCUGCUGGCGCGGGACGAGGACGCGGAGAAGAAAGGCGUUCGGCUCCUGGCGGCGUACCCGGGUCACGGAGGUUACACCUCGGAGGUCAACGCGGGAAGAAUAAGCCCAGCGUCGACCCCGGGAGACGCCGCGCCGUCCUUGCCGUCCUCGCCGCCCGCGCCGUCCGCGCCGUCCUCGCCGCCUCUUUCCCCGGCGCCCGUCUACACCGUGGUCGAGGGCGUCGGCCGGCAGAACAGCCUCCGCCUGACGCCCAGCUCCACUCCCGCCCCCCAGCUCGUCAUCACGAAGGUCGUGCCCACGCCGGACGGCUACCUGGCCCCUGAACUCAUGGGCAGCGUCACCCCGUAGACCCCGGGUCCAGACUGGUCCCAUCAAAAGGACAUCGGGGGGGGGGGGUCUGUCUCCGAGGAUUGAGGGUCCUGAGGCGGCGUGUUGAGGGUCAGUUCUCCUAGAAUAGUUGGGAGAGGGGCGGCCAUGUGCCCGGCACCACAUGACCUGCUGACGGGGCCCCAAGAGGAUCUAAGAGGCUCCAAGAGGAUCUAAGGCUCUAAUGGGCUCUAAGGGUCUUCAAGAGGCUUUACGGUUCUCUAGGAGGCUCUAAUGGACUCUAAGAGGUUCUAAGAGGCUCUAAGGGUCUCAAAGAGGCUCUACGAGGCUCUAAUGGUCUCUAAGAGGUUCUAAGAGGCUCUAAGAGGCUCUAAGGGUCUCAAAGAGGCUCUAGGAGGCUCUAAUGGUCUCUAAGAGGUUCUAAGAGGCUCUAAGAGGCUCUAAGGGUCUCAAAGAGGCUCUAGGAGGCUCUAAUGGUCUCUAAGAGGCUCUAAGGGUCUCAAAGAGGCUCUAAUGGACUCUAAGAGGUUCUAAGAGGCUCUAAGGGUCUCAAAGAGGCUCUAGGAGGCUCUAAUGGUCUCUAAAGAGGUUCUAAGAGGCUCUAAGGGUCUCAAAGAGGCUCUAGGAGGCUCUAAUGGUCUCUAAAGAGGUUCUAAGAGGCUCUAAGGGUCUCAAAGAGGCUCUAGGAGGCUCUAAUGGUCUCUAAGAGGUUCUAAGAGGCUCUAAGGGUCUCAAAGAGGCUCUAAUGGACUCUAAGAGGUUCUAAGAGGCUCUAAGGGUCUCAAAGAGGCUCUAGGAGGCUCUAAUGCUCUCGAAGGGGCUCUAAUGGACUCUAAACGGCUCUACUGGUCUCUACGAGGUAGUUAGACGUUCGGUGUGAGGGAGGAAGAGGAGCACACGUGGAGAGGAGGAAGAGGACCAUCCUGCCCUUCUCUGAACCCUCUGUUGGUCCAUCGAGCUAAACGCUGCUCGGCCUUCAGCUCGUUGCUCAUUUGUUGUUGUUGUUGUUUGUGUUUCUGCGUUUUGAGCCUGAGAGACGGAACCACCUUCUGCACAGCGGCAGAGUUCCUAUGAUUCGACGUGGGUAAUUCCUAUCGUCAUGAACGCAUCGUUUCAGGUGGUGAUUAAUUGAUGUACUCUUGUGAAAGAUAGUGUGUCCUCUUUUUAUGAAUCCAACAUAUUUUUUAAGAAUGUUUUAAUUUCUUCAGAUCAAUAUUGGAAUUAUUACAGAUUAAAAGUGGGGGGUACACGGUCAUAUCAUGUUGAGUAUGUACAGCUUGUUGUGCUUUAACUGUUCAAGUAUUACCAAUAAAUGUUCAAUUUUUA